AAAAUAUUUUAUUAACUAAAUAUACCAGCACUGAUGGCCUUUACAACAGGUCUGUGAACUGGCGAUUCAGGGAGCAGUGUUUGUUGAGCCUCUUUGUGACUGGUCUUCGGCGUGGACUGUGAGAUAUUAAUUAAUUUGCAAGAUGCUGAUAGCUAAGAAAAACCGUCAUUCUAUUUAUGAGUUUUUAUUCAAGGAAGGAGUCAUGGUAGCAAAAAAAGAUUAUCAUGCUUUAAAACAUCCUGAUCUGGAAACUAUACCCAAUCUUGAGGUUAUUAAGACAAUGCAGAGCUUGAAAUCAAGGGGCUAUGUCAAAGAGCAGUUCGCAUGGAGACAUUUUUAUUGGUACCUUACCAAUGAGGGCAUUAGUUUCCUGCGUAACUACCUUCAUCUUCCAGCUGAAAUUGUACCAGCUACUUUGAAGAGACCUAGCCGUAGUGAAACUGCGAGGCCCAGACCUGUUGCCUCAAGAGCCGAUACCUCUCGUCCAGAUGAGGAUAGGUCCGCAUAUAGGCGGGCUCCUCCACAGCAGCCAGACAAGAAAGCUGAUGUUGGUCCUGGCAAUGUUGAUCUAGAAUUUAGAGGAGGCUAUGGCCGAGGAAGGGGAGCUCCACAACAAUAAAUAAAGCUGAAAAACUUUUUAAUAAACAAAUUUUCUUUAAAUUU